GAUCUCAUUGUGUAAUUAUUUUUUAGACCGUGAUUGCAUAGAAACUUGAACUCUUUUUCUAAUACCGGAUUGCUAGCUGAUUAUGGAGUAUAUAUCUUGAAAAUGCAGGUGAGUGGAGAACUACUUUUACUUGGAAAAAUUGCAUGUCCAGUUGCCUUAACAACAUUACUUUUGUUUUCAAAGAACAUUAUAUCUAUGCUUUUCUUGGGCCAUAUGGGUAAGACAGAAUUAGCUGGAGGCUCACUAGCAAUUGGGUUUGCAAAUGUAACAGGCUUUUCUGUAAUGAAAGGGCUUUGUAUGGGUAUGGAGCCCAUUUGUUCCCAAGCUUAUGGUGCCAAAAGAUGGUCAGUUCUCACCCAAACAUACAUCAAAAUGUUUUUGCUUCUCUUAGCUGUUACAGUUCCAAUCACUUUUCUAUGGCUAAAUGUGGAACCCGUUUUCCUUAGACUAGGCCAAGAUCGAGUAAUUACUAAAGUUGCUAAAGGUUACUUAAUUUUCUCCAUUCCAGAGUUACUUGCUAGCGCUCAUUUGAAUCCUCUGAGAGCCUUUUUAAGGACACAAUGCAUAAAUACACCGGCUACUUUAGUAGCUACAUGUGCAACAGUUUUGCACCUUCCAAUAACCUAUCUUCUUGUAACAUACCUUAAUUUGAAUGUCAAAGGUAUUGCCUUGGCCUCAGUUUUGUACUCACUCAACAUGAAUAUUGGUUUACUGCUUUACUUGGUUAUGUCCAAAGUGGCAAUUAAACCAUGGGCUGGUGCUUCAAUUAUCUCAACAUUACAAGGGUGGCGUCCACUGCUGAGUUUAGCUUUGCCAAGCCUAUUUUCCGUAUGCUUGGAAUGGUGGUGGUAUGAGAUUGUUCUAUUCUUGAGUGGCUUAUUAAACAACCCUGAUUCUUGUGUAGCAGCUAUGGGAAUAUUGAUACAAACAACAGGGACAAUUUAUGUCUUCCCAUUUUCACUAAGCUUGAGUAUAUCCCAACGUGUUGGUAAUGAAUUAGGGGCUGGUAACCCGGACCGUGCUAAAUUAGCAGCCCUUAUCGGUAUCUUCAUGGCACUGGCUUUUGGAUUCACUGCAUUCGGUGUGACCAUAGGGAUGAAAUCAGUAUGGGGGAAAUUGUACACGAAUGAGCCACAAAUACUUGCAUUAAUAUCAGCAGCACUUCCGAUCCUUGGAUUAGCCGAGAUCGGAAACGCUCCUCAAACAGCAGCAUGUGGUGUGCUAACUGGUUCUGCAAGACCAACCAUGGGUGUAAGGAUAAAUUUAGCAGCAUUUUACCUAGUUGGAUUACCAUGUGCUUGUGUAUUUGCUUUCAAACUCAAAAUUGGCUUUAGGGGAUUAUGGUUAGGCCUAGUGGCAGCUCAAUUUUCUUGUCUAUGCAUGAUGGUGUAUACAUUAAUGCAAACAGAUUGGAAACUUCAGGCUAGAAGGGCAGAAGAGCUGACUAAUGCAUCUUCAGACAAGGAUGAUGUUGGAACCAAUCUAGUACCUUAAAGUAUGUGUAUGGGCGCGUGGACUGUCUGCUCUGACAUCUUAUUGAAGUGUGUGACCAGUUGUCAGAAGAACACAUUUUUAUUUAUUUAGUUAUAUUAUGUCUCACAUUAGCAAUACCUUAACUUAUCCCAGUGUAAAUCCAACUUUUUUCUAUGUCUAAGAAAAUUAAGGGUAUUAAGGAGGGAGAGGUAUAGAGAGAGUAACACAGUUUGACGUUUCAUUUUGUAUUUUUUAUUAACAUGAUCAGUUCGUGAGUAGGGUGUUAUAAUGAGCAGGAUUCUUUUUGUAAUAGCUACCACAAGAAAAGUGUAUAUUUUC